AUGGAGGACCGCUACCGGGUGCAGAGCGCCGGGAAGGAAUCGUGGGGUGUGGGAGCCGGAGCGUCCGGGGUUCGGCCCAAGAGCAGUUUGCCGGGUGGGGGCAGGAUACUCGCGCUCCCGGGAAGGGGAUGUCUCCCGGGGGCGGUUACACAGCGAGGCUUCUUUGGCUCGCAGCAGGGCGCUCCCGGGGGAGCGGUUGUGCACUGGGGGACGGCUGAGAGGCGCGCAACGAGCAGGAUGCUCCCGGGCCCAGGCCGGCGCGUGUACGUGUGUGUGCACGGUGGGGAGGUGCAGGGCGUGUGCACGGCGCGGGCGGGACGCGCGCCAGUGCGGCCGCCGAGCUCCGCUGCAAUACAAGGCCAGCGCCGCCGAGUGAAAAUACCGCGCAAAACCCUGACUCGGGAGCCGCUGGGGGCCGGCUAG